AUGGUCCGGAUCGGUCAAAGAGAAUUGCAAGCUCUGAACAUUGACACCAACAUCACUCAACUGCCCGCCACUAGUAGUACUCAACCAUCAGGCACACGAGUGACAAUGUCCACUGCUGGCAACUCAACAACAAACCGCAACCCCUCUCAAGUCCUACAACCUGGACAUCUUGAGACUAGUCUUGUGUAUAUCCUGGAAACUGUCUUUGGCUACAGUGCUGGCAGUAUUCUUCAUCUCGCACUUGACUUGUAUGGUUGCAAAUGUUACCUCAACCUUGUUGGCCUGGAUGAUGCUGAUAUUGACGGACUACAGUAUCCUGGCCUCCAGCGCAUUCAUCGUGUUCUGCAGCCACACCAUCCCACAGCCUCUUGUCUCCAAGCCAUCUGUUUGCCAGCUGAGGAAUUUGAUCGGGGCAUUAAUCUAGAUGCUAAUCUUUAUCCAACUUUGUCCAAUAAUCGGCAAUGGGAUAGUCCUCAUGGCAAACGUCUCACAUCUGAAGAGGAAUAUCCUCAAUACCCUAGCCUUGCUGAGCCUUUUGUCCCUGAUCUUGAAUCAGUUGACCUCGGGCCUGAAGGCAAAUAUGGUACCCUUGACAAGGAAAAUUUCCAGUACCAUCGUCUUGUUGAGCCGUUUGUUACUGAUCUUGCAUCAGUCGACCUUGAGCCUGAUCCUGUUGUUGACCUCAAGACCAAACGCGGACGUGGUACCCUUGAUCUCUCAUCAGUCGACCUUGAGCCCGAUCCCACUGUUGACCCCGAUACCAAAAGCCGCCAUGGUACCCUUGACGACAAUCAUGUCCAGUAUCCUUGUCUUGUUGAGUCGGUUGCUACUGAUCUUGCAUCAGUUGACCUUGAGCCCAAUCCUCUUGCCUACCGAGCUUGUCUGGCAUCUUUGGCAACACUCCCUUGCAAGAAAUCUCUUUGCACUGCAAAGUUAGAAGCUGCUGGUUCCAACAAUCAGCCUCCUGCGCAACCACCUCCAUCCCCCCAACAUCCUGUCAACUUACAUGAGAUGUCGACUACUACCGAUUUUCUCUCACAGUUCCAGCACUCAAGCAUGGGGAGGAGUGAAGAUGCAGAUACUCUGACUUCUGUAACAAGUGAAGAGACCAAAUCAGACAAGUUGGCUCUGGUCCCAGCAACCAAGUAUCGUAAAGCUACUCAAGAGGUCAAAAAUUACGAGAUAUCCAUAGAUGGAGUUGAUGUUGAUGAAUGGGCCAAGUCUGUACCGGAUGAUGGGUCUGCAGGUGAACGAAGUCCUUUUGAUAGAGUGGACAUCCUCACUAAGAGGAAUACAACAGUCACUACUCUGAAGGAUUCUCCUGCCUUAGAUGAUGCUAUUGGUUUCUUUGAGACUCAUCACUGUGUCAUGCCAACAAAUGGUCUGUACAAACUACAUCCUGGACAAGCUUCUGAUCUUGAUUGGUUGGAAUGUAACAUGGCUGGUCUAUUUGAUUUAGAUCCUGCCCAUGUGCCACAACUUAGACCACCAGAUUUUAAAGCUUACAAGUCAGGCAGGCAACCAUCUGUUCUAUUUGUUCAUGAAACGCCUAUCAACUUUGUCAUUGAGUCUACUCCACUGCGAGACCAACCCAUAGACUUGACUUACAAGUUGUCACCCUCUGGACCUCGACGCAGCCCACGCUGCAAAACACAUUCUGAGGAUGGAAGGUGGAACUCAAAGGACAAAUCUGCAGAACCUGGCCCACUGUCUCAUGAUCCAAAUGCUCAUGAUCCUGUCCUGACAAUGGAACCAAUGUAUAAUAACUUGAGCUCUGCAAUGAAAUCGCAUGAACGCAACUGGGAACGCCUGUGCACAUACUUUGAGUGGUUGCCCAAGCUAGAUAUCCAGAAAUUAUUUCUGUGGACUAUUGUCUAUCUAGCUAGAUCUCCUGUGGAGGCCCACCAUGAACACAAAUAUCAUCUCUUGGCGUCAUCCCUAGAGUCUAUUUGUUACAUGUUAGGCACAGUAGGCAACGUGGAACAUCCUGGUUGCCACAUGACCUACCAAUUUCUGUUUCUAGAAAGGAAUAACUUUUUGUUUCCUUCAGAAAUCUGCUCUGCUCGAUCACCUACCAAGCUACACAAACAUUAA